AGCCUCUGAUAGUUUUUACCCGCUUCGGCGAAUGCAGUCGAUAUUAUUUGUGAAAACGCUCUCAACACGCUCAGAUGUCCAUGUCCCAUCGAUGCAGCUCCGCUCGUUGGCCUUUGACUCCCUGUGGCAGGCAGUAAGCAACAUGUUCCAGCUGCCCGAUGUGCUAGUUCUGUGCUGCCUGUGGGGCAGCGGCCUCUCGCUGGGCUACUAUCUGAAGUCGGCCUUCGUCUACGACAAUCUGUGGCCGCACUGGUACGCCCUGAUGGCUGGCAUCGUGGUGCUGGUCCUCACUCUCGGCUGGACGGUGCGCAAGCAUAUCAAGCAGCGCUAUAGCUUCGAUCACUACUACAUCAUUUUCUACGGGCUGCUCUGCUCGCUGCUGGGCAGCUGCUUCCUGCUCAGCAAGCAGUUGGCGGUUAGCUACUACUUCAGCUUUAUUGGCUUGAGCGUGGUCUAUCUGGCCGGCUUCAGCUAUGUGAGCCUGCGCAGCGAUGCCUCGGGCCAGCGGCCGGCGCGGAUUGCCAUGGGCAAUGCUUCGCAUGCCUGCGGCCUGGCCGCCGGCUUUGUCCUCUUCAACGAGUUCGAGCCGCAGCGCUGCGGCCUCGUCGCGCUGGGCGUCAACCUGCUGCUGCUGCUGUUCGUGCUCAUCAACGAGCUGCUGCAGCAUCUGGGCGUGCACAACUACAAGCAGUCACGUGACUUGGUCUUCAAUCUGCUCAACGAGGAGCGGCUGGUCUUUCUGCCACGCCAGGCCGUGUUGGCACAGUUCGUGGACCGCCAGGACUAUCGGCUGCAGCAGAGUCGCCAAUGGCUUGUCCUGCUGCUGGGCGGACUUGUGCUGGUGCUGCAGAGCGGCUGCCUGCUGCACUCGCCCGUCCACCUGCAGCUGAUGUGGACCUCCACCAGGGGAUUCAUGCAAGACUACCAGCUGUUCACACCCUUCGCUCUAUACGCCGCCGGCUGUGCCCUGAGCGCCCUCCUCCUGCUGCGCUACACCCCAAAGCUGCUGUAUUUGCUGAUGGGCGUCAUUCAACUGACGCUGGUGGCUGCCCUGCUCUGCAUCUACAAUGAGGAUCAAUCGGAGCAUUGUUAUUUGUUCCUCUGCCUCAUCUACGCCAGCGCCGGCAUGCUGUCCACUCAGGCUCUGCACUGGCUGCUGGAGUGCUCGCCAUUCCUCUACGCCGAGCUCUCGCUCGCCGUCGGCUUUGUGCUGCAGCUGGCCGUCAUGGAGGCCAGCAAGUACGAGGUGGGCGUGGACAACGUGUGGACAGCGCUAUUGGCCAGCAGCCUCACCUACCUGCUGCUCACCUUGCUGGCCAUCGUGCUGACACUCUGGCUGCAGCCUCGCUCCGCCAGCCUCGUCGACGUUCGCAAUCGUCUGCUGGGCGUGCGACGCCUCCAUCUGCCCGCUGCCCAGACCCAGUUCUGGCACACCAAUCACUUUCUCGCCCACGACAAGCAGCCGCACGAGCUGCGGGCCGUGCAGCUGGAUAAGACGCGCGUCUUUCAACAGUUUCCAAUUAACUCCGACGCUGCCAAUGACAAAGCGAAUAAGUUUUGAGGUUCUUAGCGUUAAGAUAUUAGCAAUAUAUUGUUUACCCAAG